AUGCGUCCAUCAAUACCUACGUUUCAAUCCAGCAAGUCAACAUGUCUCCGUACCCGCGCAUUGCCAUACAUAUGUGCCUCAUGCCGCCAUCAAGCUCUUCGGCAGGGCAUAUCACAUAUGCAGUCAACACGAAAUGCAUCGUCCGGCUUGCCAUGGACGGAGCGUAUUCGACGGAAGAUGUGGGGAUCAGAUAACCCGCCUGGGUUGAAAGACCCCUAUGGGGGCCCAGGGUUUUUUGAGAGACGACGACAGGAGGCGCAGGCAGAGCGGGGACGGGGUCAAGUCCUGGGACCUGGACGAGUACCAACUGAGCCUACAAUGGUGGAGCAUGAACCAGCAUUACCUGAGCCAGGGCUACCUGAGAUGUCGACGUUGGAAGAGGAAUCGGCACAGAGCACCGAACAUUCACAUGCUCAAGAGAUGAUGAGAUCAAGAUCAGUUCCAGAAAACGAUCCAGAGAAGGAGGAUCCUACAUACGUACAGGCUGAAACCUGGAACGGGCUUGAGCAAGUAGGCCUGUCUGGGCAUUGGAGUGAAACCCCUCCUACACCUGCAGAUUCAUUUCGACCUUACCUGGCUGCAUUCGAGAAAGCUUCCUCCAGGAAAGAAAUCCUCUCUGCGUUGCAUCAAGCUGUAGUUGAAGUUGUCACUUUGCGAGAUUCAUGUCUUCCUCUUACCUAUAGUCUGGGUCAUACUGCUUACAAGCCGGAUGUGCUUGCGGCACUCUCCACGACUAUCAUUGAGUUUGAUCACCAUAGCAAGCAAAUAGUGCUGAAAUACAAGGAUGGUGAAAGGCGGUCGAUCGUUGAAGCCAUCCAGGGCGAUGACCUCCAGGCGUCAGUUAGUCCAUAUGAGCCUGUAGCAAAGACUACAUAUGCAGAAGUGCAAGCUUUGGAGGCAAACGGAGAUACUACUUUCACAGCGCCAGAUCAAGAGUCUCAAGAGCUGCAGUCGCAGAAGGCCGACUUUCCGGGGCAGGACAUGGAAGAUGACGGGACUCACACAUUCGUGGCUACUAAGGAGGAAACGAAUAAUGGGAAUGGGGAGGAGAACAAGAACAACAUUGAAGGUCUCCCCCCACAGAAACGCACAGCAUAUACUGUCACUUCUGCCGACUUCAUCACAAUGCCUUUGGAACCCCUUGAGCUACGGUUUGCCGUCAUCAAGCGAGCAUCCCAAUUGACAGGGCAUCGCAUACCGGAUCCUCUCAUAACAGCCCCUCAAAGUUUGAGCCCCAUCUACAGCUACCUCAGACAGGAUAGGGAUUCACCACCGAAGAAGAUAGCUGACCGUCUCCUCACCAAGCCAGAUGUUAUCAACCUUCCAAAUGUGCACAUUAUGCCGCGAAGGGAGACUCCUGUUGACAAGGACAAACGCCUUGGAAGGUGGAAGAUCAUUGAAGCGGAGCUGCAUAGCAAAGGAUUGCCGAUCCUGAGCAAGUCAAGAGCAUAG